GUCAAUCAGUUUUACAAUCUUUAAACUCUCUUCGUGUCAUCGCAAAAAUCCGGAAUAGUGAAAUCUGCAAAUUUCCUCAGAAUUUGCAUUCGAAGUGUUGAAUUAUGUGUAAAAAUGUGCUGUAAAUUCGGCCGAUCAAAACCUGUGCACGGUUCCAGUUGCUAGGACAACCUGCAGUGUCGAACAUCUAUUCGUUUAUGUGAAUGCGUGCGUCACCAGUUGGGCGCAUUUUAUGAGUGUGCGUGUGUGUGAAAGAGAGUCUUUUAUUGCCACCUUGCUUGGCCAAAUACCACCAUCACCCACAAUCCCAUCCUGCUGUUUCGUGCCGUCUUGGCGGUAAUGAAAACAACAACAACAACAACAGCAAUGGUGGCGUCGAAUGGAAAAAUGUGCGUAAUUGGAUCGCUCCUCCUUAAUUGAUGGAGCAACUACCAAAUGACGACAGCAGCCAAAUUGUCAGCUAAAAAACAGCUCCGGGAGGAUAACAGAACUGGCCCGAAGUGUUCCAACAAGUAGGUGCUUGCUGCACUCAUCGUUUUUUGUCGUUAAAUGAUUGCCUCUAGUUUGCUAACAAGUGCACGCGAGCAGCUAGAUUACGCGCAUUAGAAUUUAGAAGUCUGAAGGAAGAGAUUGCGAAGCACGUCCCAGCACUAUUUCCGAUGCCGUCGAACAGAUCAUAAACUUAAUCCAAGUUAAUCAAGUAUCACUGUGUUUUCCCCAUAUUCGUUAAAUUCAUUAAACACAUGGUAAACGGUUAGUCGCAUGUUUAGAAGAAAUCUGCAUUAAAAAAACCUCGUGUGCGUGUGUGUUUUUUGUGUGUGUGCCAAGUGUGACAAUAUUGUGGGGAAGGACAUCGGACAAAAGCAUAAUUGAAAAUACGGACCGAUACGGUGGUGGUGUGGGUGCCUCCCGGAAAAAUCGCUUUUCGAUGGUAAAGGCACCUGUGUUACCCUCCUCUGUGCCACAGCAGCAACCACAGCAGCAACAGCAGCAGCCGCAGCAGCAUCAGCAUCAGAUACUAACCCAAAAGGAGGCCUGUGUCCAACAGCUUCAGCAACAUUUCCACCAAUAUUCCUUCCCACCUCCGACGACGCAAUACUACCAAAUAGGUACGGUGAAAAAGCAUCGUCGUCUGCAGAUGGCGACGGAACCCCCGGGCGGUGGAGGCGGAAGUGGUGUGUCGGUGACCCCGACAACAACGACCACUGCUGCCAUCGCAGUGGUGGCUCCAACUGCUCGGGCAGUGCCGGUUUCGGCUACCUCGGCGGCCAACAACGGUGGGAAUGCCGCAUCAAUCCUUUCGCUGCAAGCCGGUGCCACGACACUUAAAGUGGCCCCUAAUUUGCAGCCUCAACGUAUUCAAUCAAUGCACCAUAUUCAUCACCAUCACCACCACCAGCUGAUCAACGGAAUAGCAACAGUGGCAACGGCUAGUGUGGCGGGCGGGGCCACCACCAUUGCCGCUGCCCCGAUGCCCACGAAUCCGGGAGCGACAAAUGCGGCUGGACAUUCGGCAGCCGCUGCAGCAGCCGCCGCCGCCGCCGCUGCUACUGCCUGGCCCAUCGUGGAACCGGUGUUCCAUUUCGGUCCCGGUUUCGAGCCCCAAACGCGACCCUACUGUCCAGCGCACCCGCAACCGUCGGAACAUGUGGUGUUUUUCCACGUCAGCCCAGGAGUUUCGGUGACAUUCCAGAUCGGAAACAGCAGGGAAAUAAUCAGAGGUCCAGUCACCGUGCCGAUGGUGUCGCAAAAUGGUACUCCUCCGAUGGCAAUGCCGGUGCAGGUUCCGCCGGGCCACGUGAUGCAGCAAAUUGUCGACGAAAAUGGCACUCUGCGGCACGUCAUCCUAUCCACCCAGCACCAGCAGAUCGGCCAGGGCGGUGUCCAGCAUCACCUGCAUGGACAUUAUAUCAAUGGUACUACACCGCAGUUUUUCAAUCCGAUGGCGGCCGGCUAUCAGGCGGGACCGGGUCCCGGAGCACCUCAUCUCUACCAAACACCUCUGAUCACCGGCGGUGCGGGAGCGGGAGCGGCGGCAGCGGCAGCCGGUGGUACCGCUGGCGGUGGCACUCACACACUCCACACGCCGCAGGCCAACGUGACCCAUUCGCCAUCACCUCCGCACUCGACCAACAAUCAGUACCACAAGGACGAGAGGGCGCUACGGCAGCAUACGAAGCUGCUGCGAAAAUUAGAUCAGAAACAAAGAGAACUGAAUGCCUCCAUUACGACGCCAAUCAAUUCGCCUCGGAAGCACACGGAAGUGAACGGCAAUGUACGUAAGCAUCAACAACAGCAGCAGCAGCAGCAGCAGCAACAUCAACAACAGCAACUCCAGCCGCCACUUUUGCUGCAUCAGCAGCAACACCUCCACCAGCAUCCAGUUUCUGCUGUGCAACGCAAUGGAACAUCCUCGGUGGCCACUUCGGAAGACGGAGAAGAAUCUUCUAGCAUGCCGGACGAAGAGGAUGACACCCAAACUAUCAUCGAACAUCUUAGUUCCGUUCCGUCGCCACAGGUUAAUGAGAUUACGUCUCGAUCAGCCUUGUUCCAAUGGUCACCGCCCAGUCCACUACCGCCUGCCGAAACUCUGCCCUUCAAUGUGCAUGAUUUGCAUUACGAACUACUGCUCAGCGAUCCCGGAAAGGAGAACAAAUACAAAAGUAUAUUCAAGGGAAGUUCACUUAGCUGUAUGGUGCAGGAUCUACGACCGGGACAGGAGUAUACUGUCCGAUUGCAGGUCUACCUGGACCAACUGCAUGGAUCGCCGACGGAAGCAACCGUUUUCAAUACACCAGCUUGUGAACCGGAAGUUCCAAAGAUACCCACGCUAAUAGCUAGAACAAAAAAUUCACUCCAGCUUCGCUGGAACGCUGCGGCCGAUAAUGGCGCCCACAUUACCAAUUACAUUCUCGAGUACGACAACGGAAAGUAUAACGGAAUGGUUCACCUGAUCAAUUCCCAAAAUUGUGAUUUUGUAGAGGUAUGCAAGACAAAAGGUAAACAGUUUACGGUAAACAAGCUGCACCCUUCCACCUGUUACAUUUUUCGACUGGCGGCGGUAAACGAAUACGGCCGCAGCGGCUAUUCGGAUCUUGUGAAAUUUAAUACUGCUGGCAAUCCGCCAUCGCAGCCAUCACCUCCAACGCUACAACAUGCAACAGCAACCUCGCUCAAACUCGCCUGGCAGCGACGGUCACCGAGUGAGGGAUUCACGUUGCAAAUGAACGAUCUGGACCAGGGCUACGGUUACAAGAACAUCUACACCGGAAUGGACACCGUGUACGAGUGUGUAGGUUUAAGACGAGCAACGACAUUCCACUUUAGGGUAAAAGCAGAGAACGAAAAUGGCCAAAGUCCGUACAGCAAAGAGGUUGUGUUCAAAACGCUCCCCUCCUGUCCGGGCCGACCGACCAAACCUCAGGUGAAGGGUAAAAUUCACGCGACGGCAUUUAAGGUCAAGUGGGACCCGCCGGUCGAUACGGGUGGCGCUGAUAUUUCGCUCUACCAUCUGGAGAUCAACUCGUGCUCGUUGUACGAGCGGAUAUACAGUGGCAAGGAGUCGGAGGCGCUGAUCGAGCGACUCAGCCCCGGAACCACCUACCAGAUCCGGGUACUGUGCGAGGGCCCUGGUGGUAUCAGUACAUUCUCGGAGCCGUGCCUGGUCACGACGGAACCGGUGGCACCGCGGGCACCGCAGCGACCCUACUGCAGCGGGGCACCGACGCCGUACGCCGCCUGUCUGAUGUGGGACAAGCCGGAUUACAAUGGAGGUGCACCCGUGCUCGAGUACGAGAUGGAGGUGGAAAUGACGAACAAGACCCGGAACGCUUGCUACCGCGGCAAGGACCAGUUCUGCGUAGUGAAAGACCUCAGGCCGGGCGAACUGUACACGGUACAGGUGCGUGCAAUCAAUCGUAUCGGAGCCGGCGAAUGGUCAGAGGAGUACAGCUUCCACGCUGGCGCCGCACCACCGAACGCUCCGAAGGAGCUGCACAUUUCAGUUAAAUCGCCAACUCAUCUAACUGUGAUCUGGGACGAACCGCACUGCAAUGGGGCACCGAUCAGCGAGUAUAUCCUACAGUCAAGUACCGCUGCUGGCGAUGCUAUUGCUGUUGAUACGGCUGACGGUUCCGUCGCCGAUAGCAAUGCCGAGGAAUUGGUCUUCCAGACUGUCUACCACGGUCAGCAACGAACUGCUGAGUUGAAAAAUCUUGCUCCAUUCACCGUCUACUAUUUCCGGGUGUGUGCGGUUAACAGUGCCGGCAGCUCUCGGUACUCGUCGACGUUCUCGCAAAAGACCCCAGCGGCACCGCCAAAUGUCCCCGUUCUAGGGCAACAUAAAAUUACGGCCAAAAGUAUACUUAUCAGUUGGGAGACACCACAGUGCAAUGGUUCAUCGAUUACCUACUACAAUAUUGAGUGCGGUGAUCGGGUGAUAUCGAGAGACGCUGCUUCGACGCUGUUUCGAAGAAGCCGCAAUGAGAGGGAGGCCAAUCGAACAAGAAACGAUGGUGAGGAUUAUGAAGAUGAUGAUGACAAUUUAGAAGAGGAGGAAGACUACGAUGAGGAUGAAUCGGGGACUAGGGAGGAUUCGGCGGCGUCCGAGAACGACGAUCAAGAACAGUCAGAAACGAAUUUAUUAGAUAAUAACGCAACCGUGGACGCUAAUCGCAAUGAGUUGUUGAUCGAGGAUCUACAUCCGGAGUCGGCGUAUAAGUUGAGAAUUCAAGCCGUGAACGAGAUCGGAACUGGUCCAUUCACCGGAUAUCUUAAAUUUACUACCGCACCACUGCCACCAAAACCACCAAAGUUGGAGUGUAUUCAGUUCGCGUUCUCACAUCUGAAGUUGCGUUGGGGUGAAGGAAAGAACAUGGUAGAUCUUGCACGGUACUAUGUGGAAAUGGAAAACAAUCGCACCGGAGAGUACCAGAAUGUGUACACGGGAACCCGUAGCACCUGUAAGGUGAUGAAGCUGCAUGAGCUGACGGCGUACACGUUCCGGAUAGCAGUCGAAACGAAACACGCCGGAAUGGGUGACUUUUCCGAAGAUUUCGUGUUCGUAACGAACGCUGCAACGCCGAACACCAUCAAGGCACCGAGGGUAUACAUUGAACCGGUAAGUGGUAGCAGCGGCAACAGUUCGCCCCAGCAUCCACCGUCCUCGGUGAAUGGCAGUGUCAACAAUCUGAACGCGGCUGGUCUUCUGCAGGGAAAUACUCAACUAACGGCGGGUCCGUCGGCGGCAGCCGCAGCCGGUGUCGGUAUACUGACCAUCGAGUGGCAAACCAGCCGGAACAAUCCGUUUUCCGACGCGAUCGAGUAUGUGCUGCAGAUGGCCAAAUCGAAGGACCAGGAAUUCCAUGAGAUCUACCGUGGACCGGAAACACGACACACCAUCUACAAUCUGUGCUACGGGGUGGGUUACCUGUUCAAGGUAUGCCCGGUUCGAAUUCGGUCCAAUGGGGAGGAGAUCCAUGGUCAAUUUUCGCCAGUUUUGCACCACCAGCUGACACCACAUCGAACUUCGACGGCCAGCUCGCAUGGUGGCCACUCGAGACACGGCGGUGCAUACCACGACGAAGUGGACGGCUCGUACUCGUCGUCCCACACGAGGACGCUGUUUGCCGGCAACGUGGUCAACAGUCGAGGUGAGCUAAUCCUUGCCAAUGCUUCCGCAGGUUACGACGGCCAUAAUCAGGCGAAUCAAAAUGCCAGCAGCGCUGCGCAAACACUGCUCCACUUGCCCAAGGGCGCCAAUCUGAUGCAAACGGUUUCCGAGCUGUUCGAGGCGGACUCCAGCAAGGCAGUCCUGUUCGUUCUCAUCUUCAUCGUACUGUCGAUGAUCGUGGCAGCUUGCCUGAAGUGAAACUUCUAAUCUAUAAUUCAAAAUCUGCAGUCAACGUCUCUCUCUCACUCUCUUAUUGCCUCGCUCGCUCUCUGCCCCUUUCUAUUUUUUCUUACACCGGUCUGGCGUCCCUUUUUGAGCGUCCCGGUGUGAAAAGCUAAGAAGAGAGGGGCGAAUGGGGGGGCACCACACUUACAUUUUUUUUCGCUGUGCAUUUUUUAAUCAUGAUUGUCACAAGUGCUACUCAAUUAUCGAUGCUUACUACUAUCUAGCAGUCGUUAUUAGUCCGAACCAGGUGAAGAAACAAGAGGAACAUAGAGCAACAGCAGGAGGAAACAAGAAAAUAAAUAGUUUAUAUGCUGUGGUGGAGGAAAUAUUGAAAAACAAUUCACCGUCAAAGAAUAUUGCUGUCACUGUUUGUCACACUGCUACAACUAUUACAAAACUAUUGCUAAUCUGGGAAACGUAAGAAAAAAAUAAUAAUACACGUAAUAGACGCAAAACAUAACAAAACAACAUACAUUAUCUAGCUAAUUUGCUGUGCAACAUUGUGGUGGAACGAAAACCAGUAGAAAAAUAUUCUCCAGUGUUUGGUCUUUUCUAAAAUCAAGAAUGUGAAAACGAAUGAAGUACGGACGGAAGGGAGGCAGCAUUCGAUCGAAGGAGUUGGCAGUAUCAUGAGAAACGGUCACAAAUAAUAUUAUAUGUUAAAUUUGCUAUAUUGUUUAUGUUACGAUUAUUCCCAUUAGAAGCAAAACAGGAAGAGCAGAAAGAGCAAAAACACAAAAAAUACAGCGGAUAGACUGUGUGCGUUUACUCGAGGAAGAGUAACGAUCGAAAACGAUGAGCAUAGGAUGUUUAUAAUGAAUUCAACAAAAGAAGAAAAAAAAACAGAAAAGCUACAGUGUCCUUAUAUUACGCUUAGAGAUAGUGGAAGAAAAGUUGAGCCAAUUACGCGAUUUGUUGUCCAGGAAAAGAUUGUUCAGGUUGAUUCUUCGUUGUUCUUUUGAAACGUACGUACAUUGUGUUUAGUUCGUUCGCUUGCAGAGCAUUCUGUUUUCCGAGAAUUUCAGUAAGUAAUAAACGGCAGCGAAUCAGUUGAAAAUCUAAUGCCUAGCAGACGCAGACAGACGAGCAAAACCAUACAAACCGCUUGAUGCAACGCUAGGAAUGUUAAUCCGAAAAUGAAACAAAAUAAUCAAUAUAUGUUUAUCAACAUAACGGAGAGAAACAAAAAAAACAAGGAAAACUAUAGUAUUAUUAAUUAUAAACGAGCAGAAACAAGCAAGGAAGGAGACGAGAACCGGAUGGAAAACGUGUAAAAAUAGCUCUAUCGUAAUAUUCAAACUCACUAAAAUAGUCACACUUAGACAGAUUAAUUUCCCAUCUGAACAAGGAAGAAGUCGAAAUACUUCGCAAUGAAAUAUAAAAAAACUGAAUGCAUUCCAUACAAGCUCUUUUAAAGAAAAAACUACGUUUUUACCGAUCUAAACCAUUGCAUCUACUGAAACAGGCAAUAUACUUAGCGCGAAACGAAUCAAACCAAUCGAAACUAGGAAACACCAUUUUCUAAUGCUAUUAUUCUCAUACUUCUCGAUUUUUACGUACGGCUAGCAUGAAUACAGGUUAUCAUAAUAGGUAAGACAAAACUAAGCUACACACAGAAAUUAAGGAAGAAAAGAAAAAAAUAACACAAUCAAAUCUCAUGCACUCCAACAACAACACACACACAUACAUAAGCAUAUAUUUGAGCUCAAUUUGUCUAUGUCGUCAAAUUCCGUGGGCCCAAUACCGGUCUCGUUCCGAAAUGACAGAGUUCGACAGGUUUCAGACAAAAGGUUCCUUCAUGUUCAAGCUUCUUUCGAACGUUUCGUAGUUCUUCUAGGCGGUAAGUGCCAAAAACCACACAGCCGCUUCCUGGCUUUCCCCGCUGCUGAGUGGCGAGAAAGUGACGUAAAGCUAUAACAUCCCCAGGAAAAAGGUCUUCCAAUAUUCCAGCCCAGUCCGCUAAUUAAUUUUCCAUCAGUCACACCAAAAUUGCAAGUAAUUUUUUGCUGUUGAACUAGUGAGGAACGACGUGUUUUACGGCCAGCACAUUUAACAAAAGCAAUAGCAAAGUAACUUUCUAUUUGACUAGAACGUGAUGUCCACUCGUUUACGCAUGACACGAACCGCUCGAACGCAAUUGCGCACAGCCCACAGUAGGCGAAAUUUUAUGUUGCUGCUGUGUGUGUUUGUGUGGGUUUACCUCUUGGCUCUGAUUGCACACUGGGUCAUAGGAUCGUUGUUUCUUCCAACAAAACAAAAGUAAACUUUAAAACAGUUUUGGAAAUUUAGAAAAACUUAAAAAAUUAAAGCGAAACCUGCAACUAAGUUGUCUCAACGUUCGGCUCUGUCAUUUCGGAUUGGUUUACAGAACAUUCGACAAAAAAACGGAUCGCAAGCUAUUUUUAUUUUUUAUUUUUGGUUUUAAGACGGCAAUUCAGUUUAUUUUUUUUUCUUUUAUUGGUAAUUGUUCCAAGUGCAAUUUUUUUCUUGUAUCGUUUUAUUAGCUAAAUUGUUUGUGAGUACGAUGAUGCAUUUUAUUCGCCCUAUAUUUAGCUCUAUUUACACAAAGUUACAAGAGAGGAUAAAGCGUGAAUAGUCGAGAAACUAACCGAUUGACAUCCCCCCCCCCCCCCAGCUAAUGUAGCACUUCUGCUGCAACAGGUAUGCCACAUGGAACAAUAGCAACAAAAAGCAAUUACUUUUAUGUUAUAUUGUACCUGUAGUUUUCCGCUGUUGUUGUUUAUUUAGUUUUUACUGGAUCCUUGCCCCCUUCAAAAAAUGACGUAUUUGCAAUACACUGAUAAUAGAUAAGUUGUGCAUUUCAUUUUUUUACGUUUUUCCCCCUUAAGCUAGCGCGCAAAUCAUAUUUACACGAUGCUUUUUAUUUAUCCGCUUGUUUAUUUUCCAACGCCCUACUUCCACUCUAUUUUACGUUAGGAGAACAACAAGUUUUUAGUAGUUGUAUAAUGUUUCUACUAGUUUAGCGAAUGAACCCCUUUUUUUCUCGUGUUCAAGAAUGCAACUGGAAACAGGUGAAACAGGAUAAACAUACUGAAAGUUAUACGAAAACAAAAAAAAAAUCGAGUUCGAAAGUAAGACCAAGUGAGGAGCAUGAUGACGCAUCGUUUUUCGUUACUUGAUUGAAUGAGUUUGAGUCAGGGCAACAUCCGACGAACGGGGAGCGAUAAAAGUAAAAUCUUACGGAAACGACGCAAGCAAUUCAACGUAAACGAAGUUCUUCUCAAAAAGAAUACGGAAACGGAAAAAAGGAAUGCCUAAACAAUUGUAAAUUUUAUCGUUCAUUCGACCUUAUUUCUGUUAAUAAAACUGUGUAAUUUGUAUAUAAACCAGCGGUGAAAAAUAUGACGUUUCAUUUUUUUCUAAAACGUUUCUAGUAAAAAAAAAGUAAAAAAGCGAAUUGAGAUGCAGACAAAUGUUGGCUAGAGGAAAGCUAGUUACUAAUAAUACGGAAAAGGCGGGGAGAGAAAUGAGAAUGCUGAUGAUAAGCACCAGGGAGAAGAACAAUGAGAAACAGAAAUCUAGGUUUCUUGUAAUCUAAAAGCAACGGAUAAACGAAUGCUAUACAUACAUUAAUGGAUAUGCAAAAAACCUAUUCUAUCGAACCAUGAUUCAAGGAAAAAAUAGAUGACGAUAACAAAAAAUAAAUGAGAAGGAAAAUCAUAAAACAAUUAUUACUAAAAGUAUAUACAUGAUUAUAUUAAUGAUGGGGGUAUAAUAGUAAUUGUAUAAAUUUUACUAAACAAUCUCUAUUCAUUAGAAUUCAUAUGCAAAAUAUUUUUUACAAAACAAAAAAACACCUUUAUAUCUCAUUUUUAUUACAUUUAUGAUAAUUUGUUUAUUAGAAAUGUUAUAUUUUGUAUUUUUUUAAAAAAAUAUUAUAAUUUACCUUAUUUUUUCUUUCUACAAAACAAGAAAACUAUUGCAAACAAAACAACAAAGUAGGAUAGUGGCGAGCAAAGCAAAGCAAAGCAAAAACAAAAAAAAACAUGAAACGUUAUAUGAUUAUAAUCAUACGCUGAUGAUGAUGAUGAUGAUGGAACAUGAUAAUGUGGAAUGAUGUGGAGAAGCUGAAUGCAAAAGCAACGUUCAGCUUGCAAAAUUACGAUGAAACUAGUUAUGAACGACGAAACUUGAUAGGGAAACUCUAGGAUCGCGGAACACAUGAAAUGAUAAUAUAAACACACUAUGAACAUAUGGAAACAAACAAAAAAAAACUGACGGAAUAAUGUAUAACAGAAACAAAUAUUACUGCAAGAGCGACACACACACAUAUAAACAAUUAAAACAAGUGGAAAACAAUUAAAAUAUAUAUGUUAAAAGUGGUCAUUAAGUAUAUAAACAACAAAAACAUCUUAAUAUAUAUGAACAAUAUUUAAUUUAACAGAAAUA